AUGGCCGCCAACAAGCUGAAGAUCAGCCCACCGCUCCUCAAUUCCGCCUGUCCCUGGGCCACCACCCUCGAAGACAUCAAAGCCCUGUACGACAGUCCCUACACAGGCGCCGUGACAAUUCGAACCUCGCUGCUGGAAGGCUUCACCCACGACGACUCGAUCCACCAGUAUAUCUUCUUCACGCCCGGCAAGACCAUCGCCGGCGACGCCCCGAAAGGUGAGGCUUCGAAACCCUCGUCGUCCAACUCCUCAUCAGAACCUGUAUCCACGCUCAACACGCUGGGCUACUCCCCGCUCACGCUCUCCGAAUACCUGGGCAUCAUCAAUGAGAUCGUCGGCCAACGCCACCUGGGGACCGACACUCCGACCAAGAAACCAUUCAUCCUCUCCGUCACAGGAACGCCAGAUGAAAUCGCCAUGGCCUAUGCCCUCGUCGCCAACGCGGCCGAAAUGGACGAAGAUCUCCGCCUGGCCAUGGAAGUCAACCUUUCGUGCCCCAAUAUCGCAUCUGCUCCGCCACCGGCGUACGACAAGAAACAACUGGAUGAGUACCUCGAAGCAAUCAGUGAUUCCAAGUCCACCUAUCGCGGACGCAUGGCGACUCCUGAAUCGGUGCCCAAGGUCGGCGUGAAACUUCCGCCAUACACGUACACCGGACAGUUCGAAAUGGCCGUCGGCUCUCUACGCGAGGCAAAAUCCUCUGAGCCGGGAGAAGGCUCUGUGAUCGACUUCAUCACUUGCACCAACACAUUGGGCAACAGCCUCCUCCUCAACUCAAGCUUCGACCCGGUCCUCAGCAACGAGUCUGGCACCGGUCUGGGCGGUCUGGCGGGUGCAGCCCUCCACCCAUUGGCACUGGGCAACGUCGCCACGUUUCGAAAACUACUCGACCGAGACCCUGUGACCAGGGGCAUCAUGAUCAUCGGGGUCGGGGGCGUGGAGGACAAGGACGGCGCAGAGAGGAUGAGGAAAGUCGGCGCAGACGCUGUCGCGUGCGCGUCGGCGCUCGGCCGUUAUGGGGUCGGGGUUUUCGAGCGCAUCACCAAAGGCGCCUGA